CUGGAAGUUCGCAGCAGUGAGCGCUCAUUGAACGGCUGGAGCUGAGCGGGAACGGGCGGGAGACACACAGACGGGAAUCCACCUGAGAGACAGAGAUCCCUCCAAACACCGCAGAAAUGAACAAGCUAUUACAAAAUGGAGUGACAACAUUUGGGAAGAAGCUAAUUCGCAAGAGAACUGUAGACAUUGCUAACGAAAAAUCUAACUUUGCUCGCUGCCUGUCAACACUGGAUCUCAUUGCCCUGGGAGUUGGAAGUACCCUUGGAGCUGGUGUUUAUGUCCUUGCUGGUGGGGUUGCCAAAUUGGAAGCAGGUCCUGCUAUAGUCCUUUGCUUCCUUGCUGCUGCACUCGCAUCUGUGCUGGCUGGACUGUGCUAUGCAGAGUUUGGCGCAAGAGUCCCUAAGGCUGGCUCUGCAUAUCUGUACAGCUUUGUCACUGUUGGCGAGAUCUGGGCCUUCACUACUGGCUGGAAUCUCAUACUUUCUUAUGUAUUAGGAACUGCAAGUGUUGCAAGGGCUUGGAGCUCUACAUUUGAUAAUAUAAUUGGCAAUCACAUCUCAAACUUCUUCAAAGACAAAAUAUCUAUGAAAGUAGAGAAUAUUUUGGCAGACUAUCCAGAUUUCUUUGCACUAAUUCUAGUUCUUCUAUUGACAGGUCUCCUGGCCAUUGGUGUAAGCGAAUCUGCUCUGGUAAAUAAGAUCUUCACUGCAAUCAAUCUGCUGGUCUUGGCUUUUGUUAUUCUAGCGGGAUUUGUGAAGGGAGAUACAAAGAACUGGAACCUCACAGAGGAAGAUUAUUUCAAUCAUACUACAUUAGAUGACCAAGAGAAGGUGGGUGUUUUUGGAUCGGGAGGAUUUGCACCUUUCGGGUUCAGUGGAAUUGUAACUGGGGCUGCUGCCUGCUUUUAUGCAUUUGUGGGUUUUGAUUGCAUAGCUACAACAGGGGAAGAAGCAAAGAACCCGCAGCGUUCCAUCCCCAUAAGUAUCAUCAUAUCCCUCCUGGUAUGCUUUGUGGCUUACUUUGGAGUGUCUGCAUCGCUCACUCUCAUGAUGCCGUAUUAUUUGCUGACUGAGGAUAGCCCACUGCCUGAUGCAUUUCAAUAUGUGGGCUGGGAGCCAGCCCGUUAUGUUGUGGCCAUUGGUUCUCUCUGUGCCCUCUCAACAAGUUUGCUAGGAUCCAUGUUUCCAAUGCCUCGUGUAAUUUAUUCUAUGGCAGAGGAUGGUCUGCUCUUCAAGCCCCUUGCCCGUAUGAAUAAGAAGACAAAGACUCCAAUGAUUGCAACUAUUGUCUCUGGAAUUAUAUCAGCGAUCAUGGCCUUUUUAUUUGAGCUGACUGUUCUGGUGGAGUUGAUGUCUAUGGGUACUUUACUGGCAUACACUUUGGUGGCAGCAUGCGUGGUUAUUCUAAGGUAUCAACCUGAUCAGCUGGGCUCUCAUUGCACAGACACAGAGAUGGUGAAGCUAAACGGAUCUGAAGUUGAGAAAUCGGAAUUAGACGUCCAAGAGCCUUCAGUCACUGACAAGGAAAAGGCAUUCCAAAUCCGGAAUUUACUAUUUCCAAGCUUUAACUACCCUACAAGGGUUUCAGGUCGCAUUGUCUACGGCGGUGUGUCCGUUAUAUCAAUUGUAUUCAUCUCUUUGUGUGUGGUUUUGGCCUACAAGCUGAAUGACAUACUCAACGGCAGCUCUGUCUGGAUCACAGUCUGUGCAUUGCUGUCUUUACUUAGCAUCUUCAUAACCGUGGUGAUAUGGAGACAGCCAGAAAGCAAUGCUCAAUUACAUUUUAAAGUACCUGCUCUGCCAUUUCUACCUCUCUUCAGUGUCUUUGUCAAUUUGUACUUCAUGAUGCAAUUGGCAGCUGGAACAUGGGCACGCUUUGGAGUGUGGAUGCUAAUAGGCUUUCUUAUCUAUUUCUUAUAUGGAAUUCGGAAUAGCGUGGAACAGCAGGGUUCUGCAGCAAAUACAGAGAAAAAAACUGAAAACUUUAACUCUGAAAAGGACCCAUCUGCAACUUGUGUAUGACACCAAUAUUGAUCAUUACCUGCAGCUCAAAAUACAGACAUUUGGAUAUAAAGUGUUAUGUGAGGCUAUAUGGAAUACACUAUCACACUAUGCAGGAUUGAAUGGUUUCCUGCUCUUAUAUCAUCAUCUGUUGUGUAUAAUUUUCCAUUCUUCCUCCCCAUAUUCUAACAUUAGGCCUAAGUUCUUUUCAAGCAGUUUGCCCUGCUUAAAAUGAACACCAGUAUAUUUGUAUUGGCUUUGUAGGCAAGUAGUAUUGGCACUAGAGCGAUGUAUGUGAUUAUUGCUUUAUUUUGAGCUUUGACUUCAGCUCUGCAAAGCACUGUGACUUAGGAAUAGAGUUGUUGCAAUGUGCCAAAAUAGGAAACCAUAUCUUUGUUAUGAGUUUGACAGUCCUGUAGAGGACUCAUUACUAGUUGGUCUUUGACAGACCUUCAGCAGUACAAAUAAUAGCUGCUCAUGGAGAAGAGGAGUUUCCAGGGUAAUAGAAAUUCACCUACGUAUCAACAGAGAAGAGAUUUAAGGACCCUGGUAGACCUGAAAAAACGAGGAUGGAUGACAGAAUAGACCAAUUUUCCACAAUAGUAUACCUUGGACUAUUAUUAAUCUAAUAUGAAGUAGAGCUAUACAUAACUUGGAUAUCAUACAACUAACAUUUUCAAAGCUGUCUAUAUAUGACUUGUCACUACUGCCAAAAACUCAAAAAUCACCUUUUAUGGUUAUAAUUCUGCAGCAGCUUUGUAGGAUUAUUAGUCUAUGGUGAUCAACUCAAAGACAGCAUAUAAUGAUCAAAUAAAUUUUGGCAAUUAAUAACCAUAACAGCAUAGCUAGAUAUGUAAUUUAUGUUUUCC